UACGCCGGUAACCCCGCCUUCACGCGCGCUCCACCCGACAGGCGGCGCGAACGGACGAACUUGGAGAAAAGCGCGAACCGCCGGCUCUCCGAGCGAAAGUGCCGUGUGUCCGUCUUCAGGAGUAUUAAAUAAUGGACAGAGCCAUCAAACGGCCACGAGAAGACGACUGUUUCGUGAACGAGAGGCAGGUUGUCGACGCGAACUUCAGGCGCUGGGGCGUCGCGGAGACCGGCGCGUUUCUCCGCAGAGAGGGGCUCCAGCAGUGGGAGCAGACUUUCAGAGAAAAUGGCAUAACGGGGCCAGGGCUGCCAUACCUCAGCGAGGCACUUCUGGAGAAGAUGGGCAUUUUACCCCUGGGCUCACGCCUGCAGGUCCUGCACUGUCUUCAGAAGCUCUGGCAGCUCUCAGAUGAGUCCAUGAAGGUGUUCAAUGACCCCAUCCAUGGCCACAUCGAGCUGCACCCACUGCUGCUGCGCUUCAUCGACACGCCUCAGUUCCAGAGGUUGCGCCACAUCAAGCAGCUGGGAGGAACAUACCUGGUGUUCCCCGGGGCGUCCCACAACCGCUUCGAGCACUCCGUCGGGGUGGGAUAUCUGGCCGGAUGUCUGGUCCAGGCACUCAAUGAAAGACAGCCGGAGCUCCUCAUAACGAAGCAGGAUGUGCUGUGUGUGCAGAUCGCAGGCCUGUGCCAUGACUUGGGUCAUGGCCCAUUUUCUCACAUGUUUGAUGGCAUGUUCAUCCCUAAAGUUCGACCUGGUGAGAAAUGGAAGCACGAGAUGGCCUCGGUUCAGAUGUUUGACCACCUGGUGAAGGUCAACGGUCUGGAGGAGGUCAUGGUGCGCCAUGGGCUGACUCUUCCUGACGACCUGAUAUUCAUUAAGGAGCAGAUUGCUGGGCCACUGGAUACCUCUGUUUUGGACAGAUCGUGGCCGUAUAAGGGCAGGCCGAUGGAGAAAUCCUUCCUGUACGAGAUAGUGGCAAACAAAAGAAAUGGUAUUGAUGUGGAUAAGUGGGAUUAUUUUGCAAGGGACUGUUACCAUCUCGGCAUACAGAACAACUUUGACUACCAGCGCUUCCUCAAAUUUGCUCGAGUGUGUGAAGUGAGAGGAAAGAAGCACAUCUGCACCAGAGACAAGGAAGUUGGCAAUCUCUACGACAUGUUCCACACACGUAACUGCCUCCAUCGCCGGGCGUACCAGCACAAAGUGGGCAACAUCAUUGAGACCAUGAUAACGGAGGCUUUUGUGAAAGCAGAUCCUCAUAUUCAGAUCCAUGGCUCUUCAGGGAGGAUCUUCACCAUCUCUUCAGCUAUAGAAGACAUGGAGGCCUACACUAAACUCACAGAUCACAUAUUUGAGCAGAUUCUGUACUCGUCUUUGCCGGAGCUGUCCGAGGCACAAGCCAUCCUGAACAACAUUGUCUGUAGACGGCUGUACAAGUGUGUGGGGCAGACCACACCAGAGAACCACCUGGACGCCUCACCGGAGAAACUUCUGGACUGGGCAAAGGAAGUGGCCAGCUCAAAGCCCAAUGGCAUAGACGCUAACCUGAUAGCAGAGGACUUUGUAGUUAGUGUCAUUCACAUGGAUUAUGGCAUGAAGGAUAAAAACCCCAUCAACAAUGUCCACUUUUACUGCAAGAAAGAUCCUACCAAAGCCAUCAAGAUCUGCAAAAAACAGGUGUCCAAACUCCUGCCGGAGCGCUUCGCGGAGCAGCUGAUCAGGGUUUACUGUAAGAAGACGGAUGACAAGAGCCUGGAAGCUGCCAAGAAGUACUUUGUCCAGUGGUGCAUGAACAGGGACUUCACCAAACCCCAGGAUGGAGAUGUCAUCGCCCCUGAGCUCACCCCUCUCAAACGGGACUGGAACACGCCGGAGCAGGAUGAUGGCAGCGAUGAAGACAGUCACCCUGGGACGAGAGAGCAGACGCCCAGAAAGACUGGGAAUAACGUGAAGCGCAGACUCUGAGGCUCUCAGGAUCUCACACCGCCUGCAUGUUUCUCUGAGAACACUGCCUCUGCUUGAUUUUAUUUUCAGCUUUAAUAUCAUGUUCACUGCCAGGGUUUUAAUGCAACUCGCACCUCUGACACGGAGAAGCUUAAUUAUACAUCAAUCCAGAAUGAACGUGUCUCUCCUGCAUCCAUCAUGUUUCCAUGCAGAGGAUUUUUUUUUUUUUUUAUUAUUUAAAACUUUUUAUCAGGGACUUGCUGUUACUUUUUUCCUUCUGUUGAUCGGCCCUCCUUUCACUCAGCAGUGUUGUACACGCUCCUGGGUCAAUCGGUCUCGAAGGUGAUGGCAUUUUAUAUAUCUAUAUUUGAGCACUAUAUAACUAUAUUUUUAAACUUCAGCCUCUUUGUGUAAGUCAGGGGUGACUGCCUGGUUGUCUUGGAUCUUCUCAUUUUGUCUAGAAGUCACAGCACAAUCACAUCAAGAACAUUUGAACAGAAAAAGGUUGCAGCUGUUAUGUUGAACCAAUGCAAAGUAUCUGACAAGCCAGAGAAUGCAAAUAAAAAUUCAAUCAUGCAGUCAGAUCCA